UGCAGGAGUCAGCUCAGCAUCUGUUCAUCAGCUCUCCUCCCGUUAUUUCGUUCACACCGUACAGCAGCGCUGCACGGACUCCAGCACCGCUUAUUAACCUCCAGGCUGCACAAAUACUGUCUUUAUUUUCCUCUGCGCAGAGUGUGUGAGGAGAGAGUGUGUCUGAACAACAUGGAAACGGAGAGAAGACCCUCUAAACAGUACGGCUCUCUGGAGAAGACGCAGGUGGAUGAAGCGACGGAGAAAUCAACAGAGGAUGUCGUUUCCAUGGCUGACUCCACAAUUACCAUCGAGGACAUCGAAGGAGAGCUGUGCAAAAUCGAGCGGAUAAGAGACAUCCUCGUACGGAGAGAAUCAGAGCUGAGAUACAUGAUGGAUGACAUCCAGCUCUGCAGAGAAAUCACAAGGCUGAAGACGGAGCUGCAGAAACUCGUCUCGAUUCCAGACAACGACAAGUCGAAGGAGGACAGAGAGAGAGAGGAGGAGCUGCUGCAGCAGAUCAACAAGCUGGUGGAGACCAGAGACUUCCUCGUGGACGAUGUGGAGUUCGAAAGACUGAGGGAAAGAGAGGAGGACAGAGAAAUGGCCGCCUUCUUACAGUCCAAAUUUCCCGAGACGCUGGCUGCGAAAGGCACGUUGCAGGAUCAGAGGGUGGCGUCCAAAUCUCAGCAGACGUCGGCGCCGUUCAUCACGAAAACUGGAAUCACGCUGCUGAAAGACUGCUGCGGCUUCACCUGCUCCAUCAUGUAACACUGACCAGGACACUCUGUGUGUGUGUGUGUGUGUGUGUGUGUGUGUGCGCGCGCCCUUCUCAGAAAGAUUACCUGCAUUAAUCUUCAUCAUGCCUGUUUGCAUAUAAUGUAAGAGACGUGUAUUAUAACAUAUUAUGUGAUUUGCUGUGAGAUGCUGUGGUUCGAUGUCGUGCAGAGGGGAAGCUGACCGCCUUAUAGUUAUACUAAUAAUGCUUUUUGUCCAAUUAGGGUCAUUAGAUAUUAUUACAGCUGCUCUGACUUUGUAUUUGUGAUGUAAGUAUCUGUGAGGGAAGAAACUACACCUGCUGUAGAGUUGUAGCGACGUAUUAUAAUAACAUUGUUCAGACUGCAGCUGGUGAUUACUGUUUUUUUUUUCAUCUUCUUUCAUCUUUCAGUUAAUGUUUGGUCCAUAAAAGGUCCAGUUAGCAGCAGCAGUGUAUUGAGUUAAUAUAAGAUUACAGUUUUAUAAAUAAAAUGAAAAUGCAGAACUCUGUGCUUGAACAGAGCUGAACAAAUGUGAUGCAGAUUUAUGCAGAAAGUUUUUAUACUGCAACGAAAUAUUGUUCAUUUGCUACUCAGUGACAACUUAAACCAAAGUCUUUGUCUGAUCUGAGUCUAGUUAGUGUUUUAAUGAUAAGCCUUCCAGUCAGUGUUUUAUUAAAAGAUUUUCAGAUACCCUCACUAGCCACUUUAUUAGGUACACCUGUUCAACUGCUCAUUAACACAAAUAGCUAAUCAGCCAAUCACGUGGCAGCAACUCAACACAUUAAGUCAUGUAGACAUGAUGAAGACGAGCUGCUGAAGUUCAAACAGAGCAUCAGAAUGAUGAAGAAAGGUGAUUGAAGUGACUUUGAACGUGGCAUGGUUGUUGGUGCCAGACGGGCUGCUCUGAGUAUUUACUGGGAUUUUCAGCACAACCAUCUCUAGGGUUUACAGAGGAUGGUCCCAAAAAGAGAAAAUAUCCAGUGAGCCAAAAUGCCUUGUUGAUGCCAGAGGUCAGAGGAGAAUGGCCAGACUGGUUCAAGAUGAUAGAAAGGCAACAGGAAGUCAAAUAAGCACUGGUUCCAACCAAGGUGUGCAGAAGAGCAUCUCUGAAGCAACAACACCUUGUCCAACCUUGAAGCAGAUGGGCUACAGCAGCAGAAGACCACACCAGGUGCCACUCCUGUCAGCUAACAACAGGAAACUGAGGCUACAAUUCACACGGGUUUUCUCACCAAAACUGGACAAUAGAAGAUUGGAAAAACCACAUUCAGAUGGAAGCAUGG